UUGUUGGAAAACCCCAGUUUAUCGAGCACGAAAUGAUAAGGAGCACGGACGUCGGCAAAAGUGGAUAUUAACACGUUUGGACUUGCACGUACGAAUGGAUUUAAUAUUAUACUAUACAUUACAUUUACUGGACAUAAACAACAGUUUAGGAAAAGUUGUUGACUUCUGUCAAUCUCAGCGAAGAUAUCACAUUAUGGUGCACUAUAGAUCUUCGUUUUCCAGUUUGUGACCGGGAAACGACCAGCAAUGUGGCCUAACCAAGGUCCCCCAAUGGGCUAUCCUACAGGUCCUCAAAUGGGCUUCCCCCCGGGUCCCCCUGCGCCCAACCCAGUCUACCCGCCCGGCCAGAUGCCUGCCUGCCCCCCAGGCCCGAAUCCUGCAUACCCCCCCGGGCAGAUUCCUGUCUACCCCCCUGGUGUGAACCCUGCCCUUCCCCCGGGGGGCACGGCCUAUCCGGUCCCGGGACAGUACCCGUACCCCAUGGGGCCCGGCGCCCCCGGCUUCCCUGGGGGCCACUCACCUCACAUGCCCCACGGGGGUAAUCACCAUUCGGGCCCGUACCCCAUGGGGCCCGGUGCCCCCGGCUUCCCUGGGGGCCACUCUCCUCACAUGCCCCACGGGGGUAAGCACCACUCGGGCCCGUACCCCAUGGCGGGCGGGGUGGCGGGUGCGGGCAUGGCCGUGGCUGGCCACAAAAUGCACAAGAAGGGGAAGAAGAAGGGGAAGAAGGCCCACAAAACGCCCAAACAUGGAAAACAUGGCAAGCAUUCCUCCUCCAGCAGCAGCAGCAGCAGCAGCAGCAGCGACUGACUAAUGGGACCGAACCCCAGGCAGACGUCUGACUGCUCAUCCUCUCCUGACUGGCUGCCCAGAACCUGCUCAUUUAAUAUUACAAUGACGAGGAAGUAUGUUACUGACGUGCAGCCUAUCAAAUUCUCUCAAACAAGGCGGUUGAGGAUGGUAUAUUAUUGUGGGGCAGAAAUCGUUUGGCUCUUGUAUUAAUAAUCACAUCCACAUGCUGCUUUCCUUUGUGUAUUUCAGAUUAAUUAAAAGGAAAUGAAAUUAAAAUAGUUGAUUUUUAUAAAAUAUUAAAUUGGGAAUACAGUGGAGUUGGACAAUCAAUAAUUUUCAAUCAAUAAAGAGUAUUCAAUAUGAGUAUUCCGAUCGGGUAAAAUGGUUCCUGUCACAUCAGAAGGAAGUGCUACAUUGCAGCAGGAAUUUCACUGAAAGGAAAAUAUGAUUAACUUGUGAAAAGUGCAACAAUAAAUAGGGUAACCUUACAGUGACAGGUUUUAAAGUCUUGCUCUCUUAUAUUUUUACUACUAAUAAUUAAUAUUGAAAUGUGUAAUGCAUUUUAGGGACCAUGUUUGAAGCUUGUAAUAUUUCUGUGUAUGAUGGCUGUUAAGAUGAAAUGAAAUUAAGAACCGUAGCAGCAGAAUUUAACUAAUCGCAGAGCUAUCACCAAAUUUAUCAAGGCGAUCUAUAUAUGUGUGCGUGUGCGUGUGCGCGCGCGUGUAUACACACACAAUUUAUUAUUAGCAAAGCAUCAUUAAUGGAUUUUACCUGUUUCAAAAUCCAAAUAUCAGGUGUCUUGGCCAUUGGCCAAAAGACAGAUAAAGACGGUGAUUUGUACUACUGCAGCGGUGUUUAUACUGUGAGAGCAUGUGCCUUGCGUAAAUAUUAGACUUACAACUAAAUCUCACUGCAUUAAUACUUGACACAAUUUAUAGCGCUACUCCGAGUCCAUUCUACGUGGAUUGUCUAAAGAUAUGCACUCUACUGUAAGACGUAUAAAAUACACUGUGGUAUACGACGAAAGUUAUAUCAAAAUAUGUUUGUUUCCUCUGUACGUUACAUAAUGUUUAUCGUCCUUUGAUGUCAUAUUAUAAAGUGGCAACGUGAGUUCCAAUAAAAACAAACCUAUAUACACUGAAAA